AUUUAUUAGGAUAGCACAGGCAUCGCGUGUGCGUGCGGCAACCGCUAGUUUAAUUACAAAGGAAGAAGAGAUGAUGGAGUCAUCAGCUAUCGUCGACAGAAAAAUGACGGACGGUUGUAUCCGAGCUCUGGUAGAAGCCAUCCACUCAACCCCUACCCACUCUGUCCUCUAUAUCUCCGGCGGAGCUUCUCAGGCUCUGGCUUGGCUGAUGUCAGUUCCUGGAGCUUCAAACACAGUUCUUGAAUCUGUAAUUCCUUAUUCCAGAAUGUCCAUGAUCCAAUUGCUCGGCAAGGUCCCAACUCAAUUCGCCAGUCGUCAAACUGCAGAGGAAAUGGCUUUGUUGGCUUACAAUCGCGCUCUCAAGCUCUCUAAACCAGGUUCCCCAGUUCUAGGUGUUGGUUUUACUGGUUCUUUGGCUACCACACACCCAAAACUUGGGGACCACAGGUUUCACGUGUCAACAAGAACAUCAGACCACCUUUGGGUAUCUACAGUUACUUUGACAAAGGGUUUGCGAAAUCGAGAGCAAGAAGAUAGGGUUUCUAGUCAUGUAUUACUUAAGGCAAUUGCAAAUGCUUGCGAAGUUCCAACAACAUUUGUUUCAGAAUUGACUGAAUCUGAAGUUCCUGAUGAAUGUGUAAAGCACUUUGAUGAAGAUCAAGAAUUAGAGCAGCUUAUAAGUGGGGAAAUAUGUUUUAAGGUUUAUCCCUUUUCAAGUGAGACACAUACUUCUGAUACAGAAAGGAAGAUAAUUUUAUCUGGUUCAUUUAAUCCUUUACAUGAAGGUCACCUAAAGCUUCUUGAAGUUGCUACUAGCAUUUUUGGAGAUGGGUAUCCCUGCUUUGAGAUAUCAGCAAUAAAUGCAGACAAACCUCCAUUGACAGUUUCUCAAAUCAAAGAUAGUGUUAAGCAAUUUGAAAAAGUUGGAAAGACGGUGAUUAUUUCCAAUCAGCCUUUCUUUUAUAAGAAAGCAGAACUUUUUCCUGGCAGUGCUUUCGUAAUUGGUGCGGACACGGCAGCAAGGCUAUUUAAUGUCAUUGCUCAAGGUUCAUAUGUUUUCUAUAGUAGCUGUAUCUCUUUGUUAUGCUAUUAUUUACAGAAUUCAAUCCAUGCAUAGUUUCAGGGAAGCUCAUUUCUUUGAGAUUUUCCCAGCAGAGUAGAGAAUACCUCUUUUCUGACUUUUGGGGUAUAGUUGUAGACAGUCUAGUUAUUUUUAAAAGAGGCAACAGUUUUUAACUGCUGCUCAGCCUUUUCCUUUGCUUUGAUUGGCAUAUGAAGCUGUAUAGUAAUUGGAUCUUGUGUGUGGGCUUUAUUGGUGUCGUGCCUUGUUGCCAUGUGCAAACAACUAAGAGAUGCACAAAGUGGACCACUAUAAUCAGAUCUUGGGUGCAUACCUUUUGCAGUCUCAGAUAAUGAAAAAAUUUAUUCGUGGUUUC